AAAGGACAUUUCUUUUUGUUUAUUUGUGCGUUUCGUUUCGGCUUUUUUUGCAUUUUUCCAAAUUUUUUUCUGGCUUGAAUUAUUGAAAAAAUGAAUCAUCUAAUUCGUCAAAGUUCGAUGCUAGCACGGCAAUCAUUUGGUGCGAUUUCACGACGAAAUUUGGCUGCUGCUACAAGCGGUAUGCCAUUAACCUUCACAACACCAAAUGAGGUAUUUUAUAAUGUUGCCGAUGUUCGACAAGUUGAUGUUCCAUCCUUUAGCGGUAGUAUCGGUAUCCUACCUAAACAUGUGCCAUUGUUGGCCGUAUUGAAACCUGGUGUCGUUACCGUAUUCGAAAAUGAUGGUGCAGCUAAACGAUUUUUCGUGAGCAGUGGCAUAUUAUCAAUCAAUGAUGAUUCAUCCGUUCAGUUGUUGGCUGAAGAAGCCGUACCGGUUGAAAAUAUUGAUGGACAAGCUGCUCGUGAAACAUUAAAUAAAGCUCAACAGCAAUUAUCAUCAGCAUCGGACGAAGUAGCACGUGCCGAAGCACAGAUUGCCGUUGAAGUUAGCGAAGCUAUUGUUGCUGCCUCAGCAUAAAAUCUAUGUCAGAAUCGUUUGUUGCCAAUUGUAUCAAUUUAAUAAUGAUUCUUAGAUUAUCAUAAUUAAUUAAUCAAUUGAUUGAUUGAUUAAUUCAG